GUCAUCUGCGAAGCUCCGGUGACGACGAGAGAGAAAUCGAGUGUUGUCGCGGAUUAGAUGAACAGUGUCUCGUCUCCGAGCGAGUGGAGCGGAUCCGCUGCGAGUCGUUCAUGACACACCGGCCCCGGUUCGCGUCCGCGGUCUGAAUGCUAAAGCUAGCGGCGGGGGUCGCUCUGUUGUUAGCCGACAUCGCGUCGCUGUCCCCGGGUCUUUGUGGCGAUGAGCGCGCAGCUGCUGUCGGAGCUGGACACGCGCUUCUUCGCCGAUAACCUGCUGACGAGCGAGGACUGGGAUGCCUGUUUGUACCAGUGUGAGAACAUGGAGGAGGGGGAGGAGUCAGACUUCUCCCCCGGGCUGAAAUACGACCCGGCAACGUUUGACAACGACCUCGUGCUCACCCUGGAUCCUGACAACCCCACGUCACCAUGGCGACCCAGUGACGACAACCUGCUCACAGGCGACUCUCCGGUGAUGAAGAGUGAAAUGACCAUCACGCAGCCGUUACCCGUUGAAAUGUUGUUCCAGGUGAAGGCGGAGCCUCUGUCUCCGGCGUCGUCGCUCGGCUCCGACUGCUCGAUGCCGUCACCGGACCCUCAGGUCUCGGUCAAAGGUGAAAACCCCCCGACACCUCCGUACAUGUACGGCGACGUGCUCUCCCCGCCGCUGGGAUCCUUGGAGGUUACCGUGGCGACGAGCGGGGGCGCGCCCCAGACGCAGGUUCCCGCUCUGACGCAGAUCCCGGCGGCGCUCGGCGGAUUACAGACGCAGGCGGCAGUGUUGCCGAGGGCAUUGAAGACCAACAACAUCCUGAGCACGAAGCCUCCGAUCCAGCCCAGACCCGUGUGUGUCGCCUCCAUACCCGUCCCCCAGACCCCCACGCCGGCCAAGACCCUCAUACUGCAGAGCCUCCCCCCCCUGGACCAGACCCGCCCUGUCGUCCUGUCUCAGUCCGUCUGCCUCGGUUCGGCUCCGGCCAUCGUCAAGAUGGAGCCCGUGUCUCCGAGCAUCACCCAGCACUGCUCCAGUCCCACGGCCCCGCCCACCAGCAAGCCCAUCGUCCCGGCGACGGCGAUUCUACCCGGCAACAACUCCGGCGAUGUCAACAUGAAGGUGCUGAAGCGACAGCAGAGGAUGAUAAAGAACCGGGAGUCGGCGUGCCAGUCAAGGAAGAAGAAGAAGGAGUAUCUGCAGAGCCUGGAGGCCCAGCUGAGGGAGGCCCAGCAGGAGAACGAGCGGCUCCGCCGAGAGAACCAGGCGCUGAGGGAGAGACUGGCCGGGAGAGAGGGCGGCGACUCGGCGAGUAACAAGCGAGCCGUGUGCGUCAUGGCCGUUCUGCUGUUCAUGACCUUCAGCUUCGGACCCGUCAGCAUCACGGACAAGAAGCUGUCUCCGGGUCCUCAGGACGGCGUGGUGUGGUACACGGGUCGACAGCUGCUGGAGAUCGAACAGCGGCCGUCGACCCAGCAGCGGCGUCAGCAGCCGGCGCCGACGACGGUUGAGCCUCCGAGCAGCGUGGAGGACAAGGCGGAGAUGGAGGAGGACGGAGCCGAUGCAGAGAGGUUCACUGCAGAGUCGUAUCAGUUCAGGAACCUGAGCGACGUCCUCAGCGACAUGAAGGAUCUGGUUCUUCAGGACAUCGAUCGUUACUUCAGCUCGUCAGACUGUCGACAGUUCAACCGCUCCGAGUCCCUGAGGUUGGCGGACGAGCUCAGAGGUUGGGUUCAACGACAUCAGAUCGACAGGAAGAAAUCUGGAGGAAAACCAAAGAUCGUCAAGAAGGCCAAGAUCGCCCAGCAGAAAGCUCAGCUGAGGAAGACGAACUUCUCCAGAUAUCUGCCGGUUCAGGCUCAUCGCUCCAUCGAGAGUCAGCUGCAGGUGCUUCCUGGUCCCGAAGUCACGUACAGCGACUUCCUGGACGCCAUCGACCGCAGAGAAGACACGUUCUACGUCGUCUCAUUCCGACGGGACCACCUGCUGCUGCCGGCCAUCAGCCACAACAAGACCAGUCGACCCAAAAUGUCUCUGGUGAUGCCGGCCAUGUCUGUGAACGAGAGUCUGUACAACGCAUCUCACGGUUACGAGAUGAUGAUGCAGGUCGACUGUGAGGUCAUGGACACUCGCAUCGUCCCCAUCAAGUCGUCCUCGGUGCCGCCGUCCCUCCGCGACCCACCGCCGCCUCCCCCCUCCUCCCACCACCACCACCAUCACCACAGCAACCACACCUCGCUUCGAGGACGCCACCAGCAUCACCCGUCAUCUCCGAGGCAACCGUUGCCCGCCCGCCGGCAGACGGCUGAAUAUUUAAUCAGCCAAGCGGAGGAGGGGGUCUGAGGCGGCGUCGCCGCACGGGAGGCGACGGGGAACAAAGGACGACGACGGAGAGGAACAUUAAAAGUGAAUAACUUUAACGUCCACACAACAAGUGACAGUCCACGUGUCACUAAGCUCCGCCUCUUCAAGAUAAAGCCCUAAUAUAUGUAUAUGAGAAAUAAUUUCUAAAAAAAAAUGGUAAUGUGAUGCAGCAGCACACUGCACUUCCACGACAACGACCUGCCAUUUUAAUAUUUAAUGUACAGUGGGAAAUAAAUGUGGAGAUUUUUGUUUUUCUCUGAGGAGGAAGUUUGAUUUAGAUCGACUCGAAGAAAAGGUUUUUGGUUCCGUCGUAGCGACAGAUGGCGCCGCAGAGCCACGCUGUUCUCGGAGCAACGGCGAGAAGUUUCCAGAAGAGUCACGGCGACGACACUCGUUUGUAUAUUUUUGUUGUUUGUCGUCAGAUGGCGUGAAGAGAAAAAACGGAAAGUUACUGCGCGACGACGGAUCAAACUGCUGCCCGACAAGGUCGUGACCUCUGACCUCUGAUCACAGUCUGUCCGUCGUCAUAACAUCAGAUCCGUCGUCAGGCUGCGUCUGUCAGAUUCCUCCAUCUUUGUUUUUUGCUCUUUUUAAUAGAAAAAUGUUGUUGUUGUUGUUUUGAAUGGGGAUUAUUAUUAUUUUUAUUAAUGUUAUUUAAUAGAUGUAAAAUAUGGUUCUUCACUCUGUAGAUAUAAUUUUGUUUUGUAACAUUUUAUAAUUUUUUUAUUUUUUUGUCUUUUGAAAACAAAGUAAAAAAGAAAAAAGUUUUCUCCUUUUAUAUUCUUGUUAAUUUCAACGGACCAAUCGGCUUCAUUCACUCACUCAUGUCAAUGUUGGAGCCACUGAUUCGAGAUGAAAGUCGAGAAUAUUUCCGUUUAAAUUGUUUCUCCUGUUCUUGUCAUUUUUCUUUCAGUAAAUGUUUUUUUUUCUAAAACGUGAAAUUUGACAAUCAACGUUUAACAUUAACAUAUUUUCCAUUUCGUAAAUUUAAAAAAAGAACAUUUCCUUGUUUUUCAGUUUUGGUUCAAUAUAAUAAUCACAUGAAGUUGAUCAGUCAGACUUAUUAUCUUUUAUUAAUAUUUUUUCCGUGGUUGACGUUUCGGGGAACAAAAGUUUUUUUUUUUUUUUUUUUUACACCUGAUGAGUUUGUUACUUUUGUGUAAAGAAAUGAAAAGAUAAAAAAAAUGCGUGUUGAUUGAAACGUGAGGUCGUGAGAGGUCGAUGGUUCGUAACCGACGGCAAAAAGAAACUCUUUAUGGUUCAGAAUGUUUCAGACUAAAACAUCUGAUCUGAUCUGAUUUCAUCUUCAUCACUGAGACGGGAUCAUCCAUGAAAUGCCGGCUCUUUUUUUCUUCUCUUUUUUAUUUCGAAGGUCCAUAUUGAACCUUUCUGGUGUUUUAUUUGAAGUUUUGAUCCUUAAAUAUUAGUUUCAUUCAGAACAUAAUGUAGUGGGCCCCAGCAGCAGCUCCACGUCGCGGCCGACACCGGUUACCGAUGAAUGUUGCAAAGGUAAAACCAUUCAGAGUCAGGACUUACUUAGACCUUAUUUAUUAUGAAAGAGCCAGGAAAUCUCAAUUUUGACAACGUGGGCCGUUUACCUGGAUUAACAAAUGAAUGAAUUUGUAAAUACGUUUAUAUUUCGUGAUGCAGGAGCUUCUGUCUGAAGGAAAUGAAGCGUUGGAUUUGAUAAAGACGCAAUAAACUAAAACCAGCUGCUGCUGUUGUUUAUAAUCUAA